AUGCGGUUGCAGCACCCCUUCCAAAGUAAAUAUCGUACAGUCACAAAGCUGGAAGUUCAAACUCCGGAUUUUCUUCUUUUUUUGGGUGUGUGUGUGUGUGUGGUGUUGCGGUUUUCUUCGACAGAACUGCACGAUUUGAUUCUGUGUUGCCGUCUGUCCCAAGCCCUACACAAUUGCAAAAAAAAAAAAGCUUUCCCACCUUUCUUGCCAUUCACUCAACACACACACACACACACAACAAACAAACAGCUCCUGUCACGCGUUUUUGUCCAUUGGGAAAAUAGGGUUGGGAGCAAACUGGAGGUUGUAAAGGAGAAGGGAGGGAAAAAGGAAACAAGGGGGCGGCGACGUGCUCCCAGAAAAAAUAAAUAA